AUGUCCUCAAAGAGAAACUUUAUAGUAGAGGAGCCAGAGCCCAGCUUCAACAUCAAUUGUGCGGAUAACCCUACCAAAAAAAUUAAAAUGGGGCAAGGAGAUAAAACUCAAACUGUUAAAUCGAUAGUUGCUAGUAAUUCCACUAAUUCCAAUCACUCGAACCAGCAAAGUUGUGCUGUUCAUUCAACAACGACUAGCACAAUAGUUGCUGGUUCGAGUAAAUUGGAAAUUGGUAAUUUCGAGAAAAUUAUGCGCAAUAUAGAGUGUGUUAAACAAAGGAACUUGAGACCUGAACUUUUGAACACACUUUAUAAGCUGGCAGAAAGUUUCAAUGACCCGGUUAUCAAGUGGAAACAACAACGAGAUGCUGUAAAUAACUUAUAUUUGGUAAUGAAAGAUCAUCUAUUAGGGAUGUUACAUGACCAAAAAGCCUUUGAUAUCCUGGUUAAUGUUUUUCAUCGAGGGCGAGCCCCCAUCAAGAAGAGUAUCUUUGCUCGACUCGAAGGCAAUUUUCUCGAAAUCGCGAAAGCAGACAAUGGAAAGCGACUAAUUGAAAUUUUGCUGAAGGAACCAAAACUUAAGAAAACAAAAGUUAUUCGAGAUUUUUUUGGGAACGCGAUCGAACUGUUGAAAGAUGAUCUUGGCUCUCAUGUGGUAGAAACAAUCUACGUAAAUUCGACUUCCGAGCAAAAAACUUUGUUAAUUUCUGAAUUUUAUGGAUCCGAAUUUGGAAAUCACCACAAUGGUCGAUCAAUAUUAAAGUUGGACGACAUAGCAGAUCAGAACGCUUUUCAGAGAAGUGAAAUUCUUCGCGUGAUGUCCAGAAAUAUCCUUGGUUGCUUGAAUGAAAAGACGUUCAAACACACAAUUAUCCAAGAUAUAAUCAUUGAAUAUUUGACGUAUGUACAGUUUCGAGAAGAUCAAGAGAUCACGGCUCGAAUUAACCGAUUCGUUGCACCAAUUUUGCACACACAAAAAGGAAUACAUGUUGCCAGGCUUUGUUUCUAUCAUGCGAGAGAAAAAGAUCAUCGGAUAAUGCUAAAGUCAAUAAGAUCGAAAGUUCCAUCUUUAUGCAAGAAUCAAUAUGGUCAUUUACUCAUAAUCAAUAUAUUUGAAUCUGUGAAAAGUAUCGAUCUAAUACGAAAAAUGGUCAUCACGGAAAUAAUUCGAAACCUACAAAAUAUAAUGGAAAAUGACUAUGGAAGCGCAUGCCUUGUCCAUUUGCUUACUGGACGCUCAACACUCUUACCGCAAGAAUCCAUGAAAGCCUUAUCGAGCAUGGACCACAUUCGUUCGCAAGCCAGCCAACAGGAGGUCGAAGAAAAAAUGACAAAACUCGCGAGAAGAAUGUCUCCGACUUUACUUCAAUAUAUUUGCAAAGAUCCUGCUAAAUUUUUUGUUAAUCAAAAUACGGGAAUGUUAUUAUGUGUAAUAUUGCUGUACGCGAAUGGAAAUAGUGCAAAGGCGGUAAAUGAGUUAAUCGAAUUCAUUAGGAAUACCCCACCACAAGAAAAUAUAAUGUUGUCGCCUUACAAUCG